CUUAGGGAGUACAAAGUCGUUGGGCGUCUGCUGCCCUCAGCGAAGAAUCCCGCCCCUCCCCUCUACCGGAUGAGGAUCUUCGCCCCCAACCACGUCGUGGCCAAGUCCCGCUUCUGGUACUUCGUCUCCCAGCUGAGGAAGAUGAAGAAGGCCUCUGGAGAGACCGUCUACUGCGGCCUGGUCCACGAGAAGACCCCCCUGAAGGUGAAGAACUUUGGUAUCUGGCUGCGUUACGACUCUCGCAGCGGCACCCACAACAUGUACAGAGAGUACAGAGACCUGACCACCUCCGGAGCCGUCACACAGUGCUACCGUGAUAUGGGAGCUCGCCAUCGCGCCCGCGCCCACUCCAUCCAGAUCAUGAAGGUUCAGGUCAUCGCUGCCAACAAGUGUCGCAGACCUGCCAUCAAGCAGUUCCACGACUCCAAGAUCAAGUUCCCUCUGCCCCACCGGGUCCUGCGUCGCCAGCACAAACCCCGCUUCACCACCAAGAGACCCAACACCUUCUACUAAAAGCGUUUUUUCACUUUGUGCGGGAAAAAAUAAAAAUGAUCUAAUAGAAAACGA